AUGCCUGUGAAGACCAUGGCCGCGUGGAACGCAAUGCUUUCGGGGUACAAGAGUUUCGGGGAUACCGAAAAGGUACGUUCAGUGCUUGAUCAAAUGCCGCCGAUGGGUUUGAAGACAUGGUCUGCCAUGAUCGUCGCACAUGUAAAGAAUGGAGACAAUGAGAUUGGCGUAUCAUUGUUUCGGAAUAUGGUGAUGGAGGAAGGUCUGAAGCCUAAUUUUGCUACUGUACUGCCGAUUUUGUCAGUUUUCGGUGACAUGGGUGCUUGUGGAUUGUUGGCUGGGAAGUCAGUUCAUGGGUUUUUGGUGCGGCAUCGGUUGAAGUUGCGCAAUGAGAUUUGUGAAGCUUUGGUUACCAUGUAUGGUAAGUGUCGGCGUUUGGACGCAGCGGCCAGGGUGUUGGCAUUGCGGCAAGAGAAUGAUUUCAAGCCAUUGUGCACACAUAUUUGUCAAACUGUGAAUAAAGGCUACAUAAAAGGGGCAUUAUAUGUAUCCAAGAAUUUGCGGAAAGCCAAUGUGAGACCUAAUGAGCUAACUUUCACGGAAGUUGUUGAGGCUUGUAUGCAUUCAGGACUAGUGGAGGAGGGCCGGAUAUAUUUGAAAUUGAUUAAAGGAUGUGGUUUGAAGCCUAGUAGUCAACAUUAUCUAUCCAUGGCCCAACAAUAUAGUGAUGCAGGGCUCCUAGAGGAAGCUUACAAGGUUAUUAAGCACAUGAAACUUGAAUCCGAUGUUGUGGUAUGGAGUUCUUUAUUGUCUACUUGUAAGAAGCACAAACAGUUUGGGAUGGCGGAAAGAGUAGCUUUGGAGGUCAUGAAGACAGUGAAGCCAGACAUCAAAGAUGGUGCUCGACUUCAUUUUCUGGUCCAACUAUAUUGUAAUGCUUAUAUAGUUAUUCAGAACAUGAAAGUGGAACCUGAUGUUGAGGUCUGGAGUUCUUUUAUGUCUGCUUGUAAGGAGCACAAACAGUUUGGACUUGCGGAAAGAGUAGCUAAGGAGAUCAUGCAGACAGUGAAGCCAGGCAGGCAGCACACGUGCUCGGCUUCUUCCUCUGGUCCAACUAUAUAUUGA